AUGGAGAAGGAGAAUAAGACAGGUAUCUCUGAAUUCCUCCUCCUUGGAUUUCCUAUCAGGCCACAGCAUCGUGCUUUCUACAUUCUCUUCCUGAGCAUGUAUCUCACCACAUUGUUUGGGUACCUGCUUAUCAUCUUGCUGAUCAGACUGGACUCUCACCUUCACAGUCCCAUAUAUUUCUUCCUCAGUCACUUGGCCUUUAUUGAUGUCUGUUUCUCAUCAGUGACUACCCCAAAGAUGCUGUUGAACAUGCGAUCAUGGAGCCAGACUAUUCCCUACAGUGGUUGCAUCUCACAGACAUAUUUCUUCAUAUUCUUCACUGAUCUGGAUAGCUUCCUGCUCACUGCAAUGGCUUAUGAUCGCUAUGUUGCCAUUUGCUACCCUCUCCAUUAUAUAACUGUCAUGAGCCAAAGUCUCUGUAGCUUGCUGGUGGUUGGAUUCUGGAUUCUCUCCUGUGCCGGCUUACUGACCUUUUGUGAAGAUAAUAUCAUAGCUCACUACUUCUGUGACUUGGGUGCUUUGCUCAAGCUAUCCUGUUCAAAUAUCUCCCUCAAUGAACUAGCGAUAAUCACUGUAGGGGUAGCAGUCAUUAUGAUUCCAUUAAUAUGUGUCCUUGUCUCUUACAUUCGUAUUGUUGCCACUGUCCUGAAGAUCCCUUCUAUGAAGGGGAUCUGCAAAGCCUUGUCCACCUGUGGCUCACAUCUUUCUGUAGUGUCUUUGUAUUAUGGGACAAUCAUGGGCCAGUAUUUUUCCCCCUCUUCCAGUAAUUCAAAUAUCAAAGAAAUCAUUUUUGCUAUGAUGUAUACAGUGGUGACUCCCAUGCUGAACCCCUUCAUUUACAGUCUAAGAAAUAGAAAUAUGAAGGGUGCUUUGAAAAGGAUCCUCAAUAGAAGAAUGUUCUCCUCUCAGUAA